GCGCCAGUACCUCCGCCACCAUCGAGCGGCGCGCGCGCAUACCGUUACUGCAGCAUUCCAUUUUCAAAUUCGAAAAACAAUACGAUUUCACUCACGAUAAAUGCUGUUUUGUGUUCAGUGAAUGUGUUUACCGAAUGUGCGUGUCGAUUCUGCCAUUGGAGCGUUAAAAUGUGACUGUUAGGUUGGUGUGAUAUCGAAAAUGGGAAUUUUAGUGUAGAUAUGCAUAUUAAAAUGCGGGAGUUAUUAAGGAUUACGCUAGUGUGUUUAUGCGCGGUUCUGUUGGUUCGGGAUGGGAGCUGUGAGGACACGGACGCCGAGGUGUCGGAGGAGGUGGCGAGGGGUGAGGAGCAAGGAGACAGGAAGGACGGCAAAGGUUUUCUGCCAGGAGGCGUCCGGCGGACCACGACCCAGAGUAGCGUCAACGCGACGAGAGACUCACAGCUGCUGUCCGUGCUCGCUGCCAGAAGGAGACAGCUGCUCAGCGGCAGGCUGGCCACACACAUCAACACUCUGGCCUCGUUGGCGCACAAGGCUAAUAAAACCAACACCACGUUUGCCCAGUUAGAAAUACGUGAUGCAAAUGGCUCUACAGUGAAGAAGAUAACUUUAGACAACUCAAACAAUGAACCAACCCCAACGCUGAAAUUGAUCACCACCGACGGUUCGAAGGAGAUCCGACAAACGGUCAAACCGCACGAAAUAAGGCAUCUGUUUGUUCCCAAAGGAUAUCAAGAAAACAGAAACAGAGCCGGUUUUAUGAACAACCGAAGAAAAGAUUUACUUAACAAUACCAAAACUACGCCAGUAUCUGAAUCAGUCACCGAAAAUGGAGUAGUUUAUGUACCACCGGAGAAACUAGAAGGACUUGACAAAGAAGUUGAGUUAGACCCUGAAGAAGAAUUUCAAGUAGAUGAAUCUAAUCACGGACUAUAUUUACUCAAUUAUUCAGAUACUGAAAAUGUUACUCAAAACAUAAAUCUCAACAAAACAACAAGCAGUAAUGAAGUGAGUGACAAUAUAACCAAUAUAGUAACCACAACACCAAUCAGCAGCCAACUAAAAGAAGUUACAACAGAAAUUCAAAACGUCAGCACAGAAGAAAAGCCAGAAACUAAUACAAUAGCAAAUAGCACCGACGCGAAAAAUACAAAACUUAUAAAAGUUGAAAAUGAAAAAGAUAAAGAAAAUCAUACUUUGUUUAUGUCUGAUGAGAUUUAUAACCAUUUUCGGCCUCUUGAAUCUGAACUGCCUGCUGAAGACAUGGCGCCAUUCAUUUUCUUUGGGCAAAAACUUGGUGGACAAAUAAUUAAUGACAAUUUAACAAAUUCACCAUCUCUAUCAGCAUCAACAAAGUCAGUGAAUUUUAUAUUAGCUCCUACAGAAAAAAGAAAGUUCAACUCAAGGUACUCAGCUACAGAGAAAUAUAGGAAUACCAGCGCGGACGAAGAAGAAAUAAAUGAAGAUAUGGAUGUCUCUGUAGUAAAAAAUAUCAUAGAGAAAAACAAAAUUAGAAACACAGUCAAAGGUCCAGCACCAGCUAGACAUGUAGGCUUGGUAAAUGCUUAUAAAAAAUAUUCAAGCACUACUCAAGCAACGACGAAGGCUCAAAAUAUAGCGCAACUAAAUGUUACUGAUCCUAUAAUACAAAAUGUCACACCAAGUACCUUAGAUAAAACAAAAGAUAGUAAUCGUACUAAUAGCACAACUUUAGCUAAAUAUGUAGUUAAUAAAACAAAUGUUACCCAAUUAUCAAAGGAUAUUAGUUUAAGUAACAAAACAACUACACCUGCUCCCAGAAAUUUUACUAGAAAUUACUACAAUAUAAGAAGGCGACCAGCUAGAGUAACGGCUUCAUCAAGCACAGAAAAUCCAUUUGUAGCCGUGAACACUACUACUGAAAAAGCAUCAACAUCUGUCUACACUGCAGUUGUGACAUCAGUAUCGAUCACGUCAUCUAUGAAAGGAAAAAAUCUAACGGAUUCAUUGAAUAAAGAUGACAACAGCACGGUUGCCGAAAGUAUUGAAACAAAAACGAACGUAACAACGCCUAAAGCUAUUGUAUUAAAUGAUACUGAUACAACCACCCAAUCGAUUGCCACACAAUCACCUUCAACUACUACUACGACAGCUCCAACGACCACUACAGCUCGACCGCAAAGGCACAGAAUCAGAAUACGAACCACGACAACCGAAAGUUCUAUCAAUGCAAGUCCUAGUCCGAAUCCGGUGACUUAUAAACCACCAGAUUUGCCCCAAGCAAGCGAACUAUCGACUAGGAAUACUGAAUUAAAAAGAGAACCAACUAAACUUCCAGAGCGGUUAGCUAAUUUAUAUCGACAAAACGUUUACGAUAACUCGACUGGUACAGCGAUAAGACCUAAGAAUAUUCUACGAAGACGACGACCUACGACUACGACUAGCACCUCUACGACCACAUCGACCACGCCUAUACCAAUUUUGAGUUCAAGUGAUACAACACCUUUACUUUCCUUACCACCUUCCACAUCCCCCAUUCCACCAAGCACAAUUCAAACUCAAGUUACAGAAACAAUUGAAACUACAUUCAAACCUUUUAUUGUCACUUCCCGAACAUCAUCUGAAUCUAAAUCCAAACCAGUCCUUAUUCCUAAAGACUUCACUACUUCUAACGAAUCAACACUAACUGUAAAUACAACUAAAGAUGAUGCCGAUGAAGAUCCAAACACGCAGAACGAAGAAGUCGUGAUAGAAGCCGAGAAGACGUACACGGCUUCUUAUGUAUUAGCUGGACUGGGUUUCCUUCCAGUGGCGGCUAUUAUAAUAUUUGUGUUAAGAAAUGUAUUGAAUAAGAAGACCAAAGAACUAGACACGGAGUACGAAGGGUACUUCGACGAUGGAGACAUCAAGAAAGAGUCGCAGAUCACUCCAGUGGCGCGGCCGCCGCUGCCGACGCCGACCAUGCCUGACCAAAAGUGGGAGUUCCCUCGAAAUAAGUUGAGGUUACAAACAUUGCUGGGUCAAGGUAACUUCGGGCAGGUGUGGAAAGCCGAAGCCGACGACCUGAGCGGGCACGACGGGCUGACGCGGCUGGUGGCCGUGAAGAGCAUCAAGGAGACCGCCUCGCAAAAGGAGAAGCAGGAACUGUUGCACGAGAUCUACAUCAUGCAGAAGAUCGGCACGCAUCCGAACGUCGUCACGCUGCUGGCCUGCUGCACUGAACAAGAACCUUACCUCCUGAUAAUGGAGUACGUGAUGUGCGGCAAGCUGCUGACGUAUCUGCGCGAGCGCCGAUCGCGGCCCGACCGCUUCAGCGGCAGCGGCGCACUGACCUCGCGGGACCUCACCGUGUUUGCGUAUUGUGUGGCGAGGGGCAUGGACUACAUCGCUUCUAAGGGGAUCGUCCACCGCGACUUAGCAGCGCGCAACGUAUUAGUAGACCACAACAAGCUAUGCAAGAUCGCCGACUUCGGCAUGUCUCGGUGCGCCGGCGCCGCCGCGCGGGCCGCUCGCUCCGCGCUGCCUGUUAGAUGGAUGGCGCCUGAAGCGUUACUGUACAACGUGUACAGCCAUCAUACUGAUGUGUGGGCAUUCGGGAUUCUUCUGUGGGAGAUAGUGACGCUAGGGUCAACGCCCUACGCAGCCAUGUCUGGCCGCGAGGUGCUAGCAGCAGUAACAGAGGGCUACCGUCUUGAGCGGCCUCCACACUGCAAGCCACAGUUAUACCGCGCUAUGCAUUCUUGCUGGCACGCCGACCCCUCCCAGCGACCCACCUUCGCUGCCCUCAAGGCGCAGUUAGCAGAACUGCUGGAUAACGAGCCCUCUGAAGGGAACUACGUGGACCUGGACUCGUUCUACCAGGAGUCGUCGGUGUAUAGCGACCCGUCGGCUAUCAUCAAUGAUGAUGAGGGACUGUCGGCGGAGUAUGAUAGGGAAAGGAGGGUGUUUAGAGAAUUGACCAAAGGCCCAGCCAAGUUCGAGAACCGAGCGUUCAACUUCCGGGACGAGGAGCUCCGCAACAAAUUUGGCAUCGGGACACCCAGGAUGGGCGGCUUCGGCAUUCGGGACGUCCCGUUCAACGACCGAAACUUCUCCGACGGAGAGUUCAACGAACGCACCUUCCCCGAAAACUUCAGUGACCCCAACUUCACAGAGAGAAAAGAUGGGAAGCUUUCCACCUCCAGUUUUCACAGAGAAAGGGAACGAGAGAACCCUUUAGUCAGUAGGAACAGUUUCAAUGGCUUCCCGCGAAUUGGGACGAGGGACAGCCAUUUCCAAAUGACUCCGGAUGGUAGAAAUAAGAGAGUGUCAGAAUUUGAGUGUGACAUUUAGUAUGGUUGCUUUAAUUGCGGUAUUUAAAAGUUCGCCUGAUGUGGUUUUUGAAAGAGUGACUACCAGCUGUACGUUUGCAGUUGGUGUGUUAGCUAAGAAAACCAGUUUGUUCAGAGAUUUUAUUGUUGAAUGCCAUGCGUUUAUUGGGAUAUAAUUCUUUGAUUUGAUGUUGAUUGGCGAACGAUUGGUUGUUCUCUGUGACAAGUUUGGGUGCAGCCAUUUGACGCGUUGUGUUUCGGUGUACCUGAGUUCAGCUGAGAAAAGACCAGCGAUUUAGAGAACUGGGAAUUAACUUUAGUUAAAGGAAGAAGCAGGCUUCUGGGUAUAUCUGAAUAAAUAAAUAAAUAUAUCCCUAGAAAUAUGCGCCUCACCGCAGCGCGUCGCAUGGCCGCACCGUUAGGUUUAACUUCCCAAAACACAAGCACUGGUGUAGAGUUGAUUAUUUUCUCACGUUCUGGCGGCACAGUGCGACAUGACAGUUAGGCUUUAAGUUUCAAUUUCAAUCGAAUUGAAAUUCUGUAACUUACAAGUUAGUGUUGAUAUUUUUGUACAUAUUUUGUUAAUUUAUAACAGUAUUGAGUUUCAUGUUAUCGCACAGAUGUAUUGUAAAUAAUGUAGGUAAUGAAAGAACUGUUUAAAUGUAUAUAUUGAGGAACUGUUUACGUAUGAAUAGUUUAUGUAAAAGAAAGUUAUUUACAUGUUGAAUGCAAGAUAUACUACAUAUUUUAUUUACUAAUUGCCUUUCGUUUUGCCUCACUAAACACAUUUGUAACAAAACCAAAAGGCGUAAUACACCUAUACCUAAAAUAUAUGGGCUGGCACAUCAAGGUAAACACUGGGCACCUUAUUUAGUUGUGAUAGGUGUGGUUUUGCAAUAAAAAUGUUAACUUUGAUGUGCUGACGGCUGUACUUAUUUUUUGUAUUUUUAUGGAGGGAUCGUAAUGGUGCUAUAUUCUAUGAAACAGUGUUAUUGUAAAUAUCAAAGUUUAAUUUCAAUUUUCACGUCCAUAUUUUUUCUUAGCCUUUGUGUCUUAGUUCAAUAUUACUUUCUAGUCUUUAAAAUGUAGGAUAUAAUUGGAUUUUGUAUCCUGAUUUAGUUAUAAGUGUAAAAGAUCUAUUUUAUUAUAAAUAUAGUGAUUUCUUAAAAAUUA